AUGUUUGAGUCCCCAGUCCCUAGACCAUCAGCCUCCAAAGUAAGCGGCUGGCCGUUCUCUCUCGUAGCCGGACACAGCCUGGAACUGAUUGAGCCCCUCAUCAAGUUCCAGGUGGGGCUGAAGAAGCUGAACUUGCAUGAGGAGGAGCACGUGCUGCUCAUGGCCAUCUGCAUUGUCUCCCCAGACCGUCCCGGGGUGCAGGACGCUGCGCUGGUCGAGGCCAUCCAGGACCGCCUGUCCAACACGCUGCAGACCUACAUCCGCUGCCGCCACCCGCCCCCAGGCAGCCACCUGCUCUACGCCAAGAUGAUCCAGAAGCUAGCGGACCUGCGUAGCCUGAACGAGGAGCACUCCAAGCAGUACCGCUGCCUCUCCUUCCAGCCCGAGUGCAGCAUGAAGCUCACGCCCCUCGUGCUCGAGGUGUUUGGCAACGAGAUCUCCUGAGUAGGGCAGCCUGCCCUGGCGCCUGGGCGGGGUUGCCUCUCUGGGGCCGGAAGCUGCCCAGCAGCUCUUCCCACCUCCUUCCGGAAUUCAGCCCCUCCUCUCCUACCCCACCUCCCGGCCCAGCCCAUCCUCUCUCCUGCCCAGUCUAACACCAGGUCCCCCUUACCUGCAGGCCACGGGCUGCCCCCGGUCCCUCGAGACCUCAGUCAUGAGGAAUUGCUCUUUAUUUGACAAAGAAUCUCAAGUGGGGGCAGAGGGCAGAGGCUGAAGGUGGCCCAGUGCCCGGGGAUGCCCCCCCACACACUCCAGAAGUGGCUGCCGGCUGGUGCCGAGGGAACAGGCAGGCGGGAGAGACGCAGCCAUUCCUCAGGGACAGAGAUGCCCUCACCUCUACCCGGCUCCAGGGCCUGGUGGUAUCACCCUUCCUUCGCCCCACCCACCAUAAGCACUGACCCAUGAGCCCCACCUCAUCCUGCUGCGCUCUGUCCUGUUCUGCCCCAGGGCAGUGGGCCACCAUGGGGCCUUCUCUGCCUUCCUAGCCUGGCCUGCCUAGGCACUCACGGCCCAGGAAGACCCAAGCCAAGGUGACUAAGGUCACAGCUUCCCCUCAUCCGCCUCUGCUGGCCAAAGGGCAUUUGUCUCAUCCAACGGUGCCCACCUUCAUCCCAUCGCCAUGGUAACAUUCUCCCCGGAAGUAGCUGUGGUAAGAUGGGCUUUCUCCCCAUGGCGGGGGCCACUGGCCCAGAACCCGUGUGUGCUGAGAGGCCAAGGAGGGAAGAGAGCGGGGCCCAGGCAGUGAGGGGGCAGGCAAACCCGGCCUGAACAUAACAGUAGUAGACGGAGGCCACACCCGUCCUGCCGCCAAGCCCAUGGCUCCUCAGCCUGGAGCUAAGGGCUUGGCCCAGGCGGGGGCUCUCCCUCCGACAAUCCACAUGGCAGGAAUGAAUGGCCCCCAGGCUUCAGAGAAUCGUGGGCACCAUCCUCAUCCUCACCCUGCCAGUGCCUUACCUCCCCCCACCAGAGAGAGAACCGGCCACAGGCCCCAAGAGCCCUUGCGCAGCGGCCGAGGGUGCCGAAGGGGCCUGACCCUGGGAUGGCCAAGGGUGGUGACCCAGAGGUCAGCCCCACUGUCUGAGCCCCACAACAGUCUGGAGAAGCAGGGGCUGCUCUGCUUACCAGUGAGGCCUCAUCUUUCCCACCUGGCAGGGUGGGAUGGGGGAGAGGAAUUUCCAGACUCCCAAAAGCCCAAGCCCUCCCUUGCCCACCUAGUUCUGCUUCUAACACUGCUGUCCCCCGGAGAAGAAGAUGGCAGUGCUGCAGCACCCCGGGUCGGGGGACAGCGGGUUGGCCUGGUGGCUGGUCAGUGACGGCGCUUCGGGGGGAGUCGGGUGGGGUAGUUCCUUGUUCCCACGCCACACCCUGACGUCAAAAGGGACCCGUGAGGCAGGUCCCCAUAUGCAAAGCAGCUCAGGAGGUGGGCACUCACGGCCCACGUACCCGGCUGGGCUUCUCUGGGGCGUGGGUGGCAGGCAUGCGGGAGCAGAGCAGAGAGGGCUCCUCCAGGAGCGACAGAGGACCUUCAGAUCAUACUCAAGUUUGGGGAGUGCAGCCGCGCUUGCUGUCUCAGCCAGGAGGAGGUGGUGUCAGCUGCCCCUCUCUGCCUGCUUCCGCUGUUCCCUGAAGACCCCGGCAGCAAACCAGCUUACCUCCACGACAGCCGCCAGUGUCUGCUGGCCAGUGUUUCUUCAUCUGACAGCCACCGUCCCUAUUGCAGAACCGUCCUUAGACUCAGUCUGAUGUCUGUUAGAUGGGGGUUGUUUUCAGACUGCAUUUGGUACCACAUUCUAAUAUAGCUGGUAGUAGGCACCACUGAUGAAGCGAUAUUUAUGGGUGAUGGGGACGUACGUUGUGAAAAUUCUCCACGUUAAUUACUGUUGUUGUUAUUUUACAAAUUAGGGAGAGACCCCUGGGAUUUGAUUUUAGCUGCAGAACACAUUGGUCCAGUUGUCAGUCAGUGGUAGAAAGGGCUUGAAAAUCUCUGAGCCAGUUCAAUCCCCUUGUUAAAGAAAACUGACGCUGAGAAGGUGUGACUCACCCAAGCUCGCGUAACUAGUUCAAAGCAGCCCCAGGGCUGGACCCGGACUUUGGACUUACGGUCCAGUGCUGUUUUCACUACAUCAUGCUUGAGUUCAGACUCCAUGUCCCAUUCCCCUCGUGGCUGACCUCAUCCCUGGGGGAAGCCCUGGGUUUUAGACAGAGCAUGUCCAGAUCCCAGAUCUCUGCCUUGCUCCCCUGGGUUGUCACCCCACUGACCCAUCAGGAGGAGGAGAAGGGACACCUCAGCCUGUGUCUCAAUGUGAAUCACACCCCCGCCCCAGUGUGGCCUUGGCCGGAUGGGGUCUCUAUCGCAGCUUGGUGUAAUGCUGUUGCCUUAUCAAUAAAGUGCAUCUGUCUUUGUACUAUCUUCACCCUCCUGGCGCUCCCCUGGACCUGCCUUCCCCAGGGAAUAUGACAGGACCCACUGAGAACGCCAGUUCCUCAGCCCUGGGGCCCGUGACAGCUCAGUCCAGUCCCAAAGCAAAGUCCAGCAGCUGGGAGGAUGAGAAAACGUGAGGCUCCCUGGGGCUGAAUUGGGAGACAAUGUUAUCAUCUUUUCUCUUUUAGAAUGAGAGAAUGUGAAGGUAGACAUUCAUAAAUCUCAACCUUUUUAAACUAUAGUAUUGGAAAGCUAGGAAAGUCUGCACCAAAAUUGCCAAAUAAACAAGAUUCUGGGAGAUAGGAAAACCCUUCUCUGGCCGACUGGAAGAAGUAGGAGAAUUUGAAUGAGGGCAACAGGGAAGCUUGGAACGUAAAAUAGAUCUGGUUAAAUCUGGAAAUAAAGCAGCAAAGAGGGCUUCCCUGGUGGCGCAGUGGUUGAGAGUCCGCCUGCCGAUGCAGGGGACACAGGUUCGUGCCCCGGUCCGGGAAGAUCCCACAUGCCGCGGAGCGGCUGGACCCGUGCGCCAUGACCGCUGAGCCUGCGCGUCCGGAGCCUGUGCUCCGCAACGGGAGAGGCCACAACAGUGAGAGGCCCGC